CGGCAUCUUGUCUCCCGUGAUGUUGAAUGUGCACUCAGUUGUGCAUUUGUUGACAUUGGUUACAAAAGUUUAAUGUUCAAUAUAGAGUAGAAUCCAGCGAUAUAGCGUCCCUUUAAUGGAUAGAUCUCGAGAAUGGCUAUCUGAGCUUGAAGUGGCAAUGUAGGAUAACAAUCGAGAGCAUCCCGCGGCUAGUAUGUCAAGCCUCAUAAUAUUGGAGUCGGUAAGCUAAUGAACUGCUCUUAUAAACUUCACAUUCCUUUCUCGUUUGUUAUUUUUCUUCAUGCUGUGUAAGACAUAGUAACUCAUCAUUUUUAAAGGUAAACUGUUAAUACCUUGAGUUAUUGACAGUUGUACAGGUUCUUUGCAGCCACUUAGUGGUUUACAAAAUACUGAAUAAUUUAAAACGCCGCGACGCUUUGGAAGCCAUCUGGCUGUCAUGGAGUGAUGAAGGAAGCUCAUGAAAGUGACGUAUCACGAGUAUGAUGCGGUUACUUUUCUCGCCGGGUCGCCAAUAUUCAGAUGUUUUACCUUCAAAUAAAGUGGUUGAUAUUGAUGUUAUCGCUUGAUUGUGCGAACGUAGUGUUGCAAUUGAAUGUCGAAAACAAACAAACAGAUUAAUAUCCGUCAAUUCAACUAGUGAAUUAAAAUACAUAACUUUAUAUUUUCAGCUUCGUAGUUCUUUUUUCAUCAAAUGCUGCAUUUCUCAUUAAAAUUCUCAUUUCCUAUCAAGUCGCCUCAUGAAAGGGAUCUAACUGUUCAGCUGUAAUAUUCUUCUCCAGAUGUGUUUUCCACUGUAGGCUUGUGUCUUAAUUUUCUCAUAUUCUGAUUGUCACAUCAGGAGAAUAAAGAGAUUAUUCAAAUAUAGCGACUGCACCUUUCAAGAAUAGACAGAAUAAUAAAUGUAUGUAAAUCGUUCCCACUAAACAGUCAGCAGUAAAAUGGUGAUGGUAUAAAAGACAACUACAAACAAGGACAUGGCUUCCCAAACAUUUUGUGAUUGGUUUUGAAUAAUUUCAGAAUAGUCAGAUUUGCCAACUUGCCUUUCCCGAAGAAAAUUAAAGAGAGAAUUGGUAAUCCAGCAGUUUAUGUUGUACACUGUACCUCACAAAUGAGAACAGAAAGAAAUAGUUGAAAUGAACUGAACAAGUAGGAAUCCCAACUGGCCCAGGGCACUAAAUUGUCUAUUUACACUUCCGUUGCUGUUGAGUUGAACUUUUGUACUACCAAAAACUAAUCCAGCAAGUUAGAGAGGGGCUAAAAGAUCUUAUUAAAUAUCAUUUGGUUGUGCAAAAAGCAGGGGAAUUAAUUUCUUUUUCCAGUGUAAGGGGUUGCCAAUGGUGGGAUAGGCAGCUAUGACCUGGAAAGAGACCAUUACAAAUCUUAGGAAUAAAAGUUUUAAUAAGUGAUAAGAGGUCCUCUAUGGGUUGUGGUUGACCCGUGGUAACUGGAUCUUUUGAAACCCUUGAAAAAGGUCUUGAAAAUCAUGAAAACAGUCCUUUUAAAAUUGUAUUUAUUUGAAAAUAAUAUGUGAGGCCAUGUUAGAAUAAGCUAAGAAUGAAGAAAGGGUAGUGUAAUAUUAGAGUAUGACAUGUUACAUGUUAGCCUGAAUUUCAUCCGAUUACUUCGAGUCGUUAUUACUCCCUCAGUAAGAGGAGAAAACGACUCGAAGCAAUCGGAUGAACUUCAGGCUAGUUACAUGUAUGUUAUGAGUAGACCUAGGACCACGGAUAUACACACUCUGCUUCAGGACACUGGGUUUGCCACUCUCAGAGAACUCAGAAUGGCAAUGCCAGACUAAAGUGAGUUGGGCGAGAAAAUCCAUGUUGUCCUAGUAAGCACUUGACCUGACUAAACUAACUUUUCAUGACAUGUUCAAUUUUUUUUCCAUUUUAGGAUGCAGGGGAACUUGAAGACAUUGAUGACAGGCUUCAAAAAGAUGGUUAUAGAACUAACAUCCCAGUUGAACACAAACUUCGUUACUUUUGGAGGCAGUUCACGAGAUCCGAAGCCAGUCUCAAGUCCUCUCUUGAGAGUGUUGAACAGCUCCGCAAGCAACAUGGUGAGGAAAUGAUUGAAGUGGAAAACUAUGUUGCACACAUCCGGCAGCUUUCAGAUGAGAGAGAGGCCUUAACACAAGACUUGGAGGCUGAAAAUGAACAGCUGAAAGCAGAGCUUGAACAAAUGAAGGUGGAAAAGGAAGCUGGGGCUUAUAUUUCAGAAGACAUCUGUGACAUGCUCAUAGAGUCUGGUUUGACACAAAUUGGAAGAGACACCAACCCUGUGAAAGAACAAGUCAAUUAUUUGAUUAAAGAAAGAGCAUCUCUCUCCGAAAAGGUACGUAGACUAGAACUUGACAAUGAAAAUCUCAAGAAGAAUACAGAUGCUGAACAAUCCAACCAGCGGAUGAUGAAAAUUAUGGAAGAGGAGAGGAAAGACAUGGAAGACGAGAUGAAUAGAAUGCGUGAAAUGAUGAAGCAAGUUAAACAGGAGGAGCGGAAGAUUCAUGAACAGGAAAUGAAGAAGGUUACAGAGGAAAAUGAUGGUCUGAGAUCAGAGCUGGAGAAAGCACAGAAACAACAUAAUUCAGAUAUGACAGAACUUAUUAACAGACACCAAGGUAUGUUUUUAUUUAUAUUUUGUAAGGGCUACUCAACAAAGUUAAAUAGAAGCUAGGGGAGGCUUCCGGUUGUAGCUCCAAGGUUUAACCCCUUACCUGUUGCUGUACUACUUUUGACAGAGAAUGUACUCUUUCUGUAUACCUUAAUUUAAAAGUGGUACCCCUUCCACAUACCUUAAGCAAGAAGUCUCCUUCACAAUGUACAGUAUUAAACAAAAUAUAAAUGAUGCACCAAAAAAGUGCAUCUGUUUAAAAUAUUUUGAUGAAAAGUCCUUAUGAUUUUACAUACCAGUACUUCAGCUCAUAAAAUCCCCACCCUUUAGUAUCCCUGAGUUCCCUUUGAGUGGAGCUCUGGAAUGAACACUGUACAUGUACAUGUAUGUGGGAUCAUUUAUUAAGUGCAGAGCAAAAUAAUAUUACUCUCCACUUUGUUAAUUUAUUGCACUUUUCAAAAACACGUGAACUCUGAAGUCCAAAUGCCAACUGAAAAUAUUCAAAAGGUCAUGGUUUGUGAUCUGUGAUUGGUGGAUUUCUAUCUGUUUAGUGUGUUUCCAUGUUUCAAGGUUCUUUGCUUGUGAAUGUAAUUAUGAUUCACGGCAGUGUGAAACGUAAAUGGGAAGGUAGCUUUUAAACUUUAAAGUUCGCAUGUUUGUGAAAAGCACAGUAAUGUCAAAAAAAAAUGUAUGACUCACCCAUUACGCUCUCCACAGGAGAGAAACUUAAGUUGCUGGAAGAGAGAGAACAAGAGAAAGAAAAAUCUGCUGUCCAUGGAACUAAAGCUGACAAGGUUAUGGCUGAAGUGGAGGAGUUGAAGAGCAAAAUGAGAUCUAUUGAAUUGGAAAAAACAUCUUUACAGACCACUGUAAGUUCUUUUUGCAACAUUAUCAUUAUUUUUCAUCCCUGUAUUAAAGAGUCUUUUUAAUGGAUCAUGCAUUGAAAUUACAUUCGGACAAUUCAUAAGACACAAGUAAGGAACAUAAGGAAGUUUGUCCUGGUUUUUUUUUCCAGUGCAGGCUAAAAUUCAAUGGGCAUGUCAAAAUACUAGUUUGCAUAGAGUGUACAUGUAUGUGUACAGUGUUAAUGUCUGUUGUCCCUUGAUGUACAGGUGCAGUCACUAGAGGAAGAAAUUGAGAAAGAAAAAGAAGAGUUAAAUAAGAGUAAAAUCAGCCAAGAAGCAUCCAUCAGGAAGCUUAAAACUGAACUAUCCGGAACAAAGCAAAAGCUUCAAGAGACAGAGGUUAGUAGCUGCAUAUAGCAAACGGAGCAAAAUUAUUUCCUGAGAAGUUUUGCCUAAAAGGACAAAAUUUACUUUUAAUUGCAAAGGCAUAUUUUUCAACCAAACAUUCUAAUGACAAAAUCAGAUUUUCCUAACAAAAAGUUUCAAGAUUUUCCUUCAUGAGGCUGUCCUCUUUUUUUAGAGAACCAAAAAAAUAAAAAUACUGUUUCAUUCACUGCAUGAAAUAGUUUGUUUAGUAAAGUGAAUGUAGUUUUGGGUGAUUGACCCACCAGGAGAGAGAAAAUUCCCUCUAGUUAUGUCACAAUAGCUGAUAAUAUUGUGUAUUACAAUUGCAUCUCACAGUAACAAUUUAUUGUUGCCCAUUUGCCAAAAUAUUGUUUUGUGUGUUUUGCUCUGCACAUGCAUCAUCAUUAGGUUAAACUGAAAACCCAAGAGGAAGAGAGGAAGACCAUUGAAAGCCGGCUUCAAAUAGCACAGAAGGAUCUUACUACUAUAAGGGAUAGAGAAGCUCAACUUACUUCUGAAAAGGUGCUUUGUAAUUUCCAUAUUCCUCUUGACUAUAAACAUUUGUGGUUUUUGGAAGGGCUAAUUUUUUCUUGUGUACUAUAAACAUAGCCUGCGUCGCAGAUGUAAUUUAACCCUGGUUAGUAACAUCUACAAAGCGGCACCAAAACCCUUGUUCUGAGCCCCCAACGGACUCAACGAAUUACCGGAAGUGCAUUUCAAAUUGCCUUGCAUCCUGACUGGCAAAUCGACAGUGGCUUUUUGAACAGGCCAAUCAUGACACGUAGUUAAAUCCUGGUAAAAAAGGUGGGAGCCUACAACAAGAAUUUUGGCGCUGUUUUGCAGACCGACUUUAAACCAGGGUUUAGUUUCGUCUGUGGCACAGGCUAUUUAAACAUUGUUAUAUAUCACUUUGCUUGUCUCAAAAUGAUAAUGACAUACCGUAAAAUUCUGAAAAAAAAGCCCCUCCUUGUAUAAGCCCCUCCAAAUAUAAGCCCCCAGGGGGCUUGUACUUGGAAAAUUGCCCUCAAAUACUAAAUAAUAUUAACAAAGCAAAAAUGGUAAAUUUAAUUCCAACUAUAAGGCUAGCCCAAUCGGUUUUGAAACGCAAAUUUCCCUCUGUAGAUAAACCCCUCCAAAAAUAAGCCCCUCAAAAAGAGCCUUUGAAAAAUAUAAGGCGGGGGGUUCUUUUCGGAAUUUUACGGUAUCUUUCCCAUGACUCAGGAAUUAAUUAAUGAAGGUCAUACAAGUAUCUGCCAUGCAUGUUUAAUACCAGGUUGAGACCACUUUACAUUUUCUUCUGUGUUGGCCCCCGUUGAAGGGAUCUUUGAUUAAGUGGCAAAGCUAAUGCAGUUUUUUUAUCUAAUAUUGCACUAAACCUGUUUUAAUCUCGUACAUACAGAACAGUGUUUUGAGUGAAGCCAAAUCAUCAACUCAGAAGUAAGUUACAGAUUUGUGUUAUGUAUUUGUACAAUAAUUAAUAAUAAUUAUUAUAACACUACUAACAACAAUAAUUGUUGAAAAACAACAAUUAAUAAUUUAGUAGUUGUUUCUUUGGCGAAUUUUUUGUGAUUAUUUCAGGGAUUUUGAUUAUCUAUGUACAUUUAAGUACUGUUUAAGUAGUCAAUUACAUGUAUCUCUGAGAAUAUUGUAAAUCUUCUAGACAGGAAAUAAGGAUGCAACAGCUAACUGAUGAAAAAAACAGUCUCCAAGAACGUCUCAAAACAGCAGAUGAUACAGUUGAACGGCACAUUAAGCAGAUUGAGAAUUUAACGUUACAGCUAGGAGAGGCAGAGAGAACACUCGCAGAGAAAGAAGAGGAUAUGGAAUUAAAGGACAAGUCUUCGAAAGAUGAGGUUAGCAGUCAUUCUAAAUUCUGACUGAAAAAUUCAAAACAGGCAUGAAGUAUUUUUAGAAAGAACAUCGUUUGCUCAGAUCACCAUAUUAGCUGGACGAACCAAAUAAUUUGUUGAGCAUAGGGGGGUAUACAAUGAUAUUUCAACAUAAUAAACAAAACAAAAACAAAAAGAAAGUCAACUGACUAUGUAAGACAGGUUUUGGGUUAAUACCUUAUAAGUUUAUGCUGAUGGUUUCCAAAUAAUUAUUAUAAAUAAAUAUAUUUGAAUUUUUGGAUUUUCCCAGAUCUGUACUGACCCUUUCUUAUAUGAUAAUUUUAUAAAAAUAGUAAUUAUCUUUAUGUUUUGGACAAUUUCAUAAACUAAAACUGAUAAAACACUAUGUACUUUUAAGUUCAGCAACCUCAAAAGUUUUGGCUGCACAGAUAUAAUUCUUCCUGUUAUUAAAUAACUGGAAAAAUUGUGAAAGUUGCUAUACUUGAUCCAACUUACGUUAAUAUUGUGUUGCUCUUUAUCAGCUUAAUACACUGAAGGCAAAGUUUGCAAGGGCCACAGAUGAAGCAACAAAAUUAAGAGAAGAGCUGUCAGAAACAAAACUCAAACUUAACAAGGUAAGAUAUAUGUAGAAACCCUCCUCAAAUAACAGUGCAUUGCCUCCCUCAUCCCCCUCCCCUGGUGGGGUGUAUAAUGUAGUUUUGCAUGGACAGUAAAGUGUUAGCCUUAACCAAUAUCAGUCAUUGUUCAGUUGAUUAUUCCUGUAUCCCUGAGCUCUGUGACUAUUUAUUGUAAGCUAUAGCCUUAUUUGUACAUGUAGUACUUAACUGACUUUUGUUGAAAAUGCAAUACCUUUACUUGGUGAUACAUGCCAAAAUGGCCUGAAAAAACUACUUGUGGAUAUCGAGAACAAGUUUGUAUACAGUAUUUGCACUCAACUCAUUUUUGGCAACAGAAAUGCUUUUUUUAAAACUGAAAUUUGAGGCAACACUUCUCUAUCAUCUACGAAAAACUGUAUUGCAGAGCUAAGUUAAAAGAUUUCCUCCUGUUAUUAGAUUUAAGACUGCUAAUUCAGACUGAAUGUUGAAAGGAGCAGGGAAGAAUGACGAAUCAAUAAUUGUUCUGUUUAAUUCCAUUCAUCUACCUUAGCUUGUGAUAUUGUCAAGUCUGAUCAAUAUUAUUUGAAAUAUUUGAAUAGGAUUAUGCAAAAUCAAUUGCACAGACUGUGUUCACGUCUGCCUUGUCAAUUUUGUACUUUGAGAGGUUAAAAAUCUUGAUUCCUGUCAUUUUACUGUUUAUAGGCUAUGUCUGAUCACCAAGCUAAUGAGACAAAUUAUCAGGAAAAGUUGAAUGCUCAGUUUGGCCGCAGCAAGAGUGCAGAGGAAGAGAAAGAACUGCUACGGGAACAGAUUGUCGACUUGAGAAAGGUUAAUUUACAACUUAAUGUUCAACAAACUUUAGAAAACUCAUUUGCACUGAAUUUCAGCCAAUUUUCAGAACUAACAUGAGCAAGACUUUUAUGUAUUUGUUAGCCUUGUGUGUGUUAAUGACACAUUAAACUAAUGAAAAGAUAGUGUACAGUGUAUGUAGUAUAAUUUGCCUCAGUUUUCAUUACUACUUUCAUUUCUCUUGGUUUAUUUUGGUAUGAAAUCUUUUGUCAAAAAGUCUCAGAUAUCUAGAUAUGCAAUUUAAUAUGAAAUAAGAAAAAGAAUUUCCAUGUAUGCUACACAUAUUAAUCACUGAGACUAGAAUGAUGCCGUCUAUCAAAAGUAAUAUUAAUUUUAUCAUCUCUUUUGAAGCAGAUCACUUACUGUGUGCAAAUUUAAUUUAGGUGAUCUGAUUGUAACAUGCAAAACUAUUUUAUCGUAUAGCCUGCAGUUUGUAGGGUUCUUUGAACUCUUUGCGGUAUAAAAUUAAUUAACAAAAAUUUAUUGCCAUGCAUUGACCCACAGUUGUAAAUGUUGUGACCAAAGAAGCAUGUUAUCAGUCUCAAAAAUGCAAAUAUAUUUUAAAUAAAUUCUUGAUAUUGGCUCUUAAGCGAUUAAUUUUGUUAUAACGGCUUUGAUCAUCAUGAAUAACACUAAAAGUGAUUGAGAUUUAUGCAAAUAACCUAGAGUUUGUUUUGUAAAGCCAGUAUAAGGUUAACUAUGGAUUUUGCUAUUUAGUUAAUUUGCAAUGGCUUAUCAUUAACUGACAUUUAGAUACUUGAAUUAGCAAAAUUACAGGAUUUUGUACAGAGCCUUUUGUUGAUAAUGAAAUGACUGCACUGAAUUCUAAAGCUUAGCUCGAUUCCUAUUUCAAUAAGCUUUGUUUACCCUUGUUUGAGGCAAAGUGGAUCACAAAAUGACAACAGUCCAUUAAAGCCAUUACUUUGUCAACAAAACAAAAAAUUCUUAAAGAGUUUAUCACCUCAUUAUCACUGAUACCCCCUGCUGAGCUUAAGCAUAAUUUGGGGAGCUUGUGUGGAGCCAUUUUAUAUCACAAUGUUGCAAGCUAGAAGAUGCAAAAAUUGAAGAAACAUCUAAGAAAAAAACUAAGGUACUUGCUCUCUCUUUUACUUAAGGAUUUUGGUAUCAGCUUAGUGAAACAGGAAUUUAUUAAAUCAAGAUCUGUUUAUAUUGGAUGUUGAGCACUGUUGUAGGGAAUCCAUUUAACUAUAUACAGUAUAAUUGCUGCAGUUGUUUGACUUUUAUGCUUAUUUGACUUCUUGUCCUUUGUCAAUCAGUAAAUGUGGUAUAUAAACUUGUCAUAGUUAAAAAGGCAUUCACCCAUCAGACCUCUUUAGCCACAAAUGACUGUAAGCUGACCACAAGUGUUAUAGACUGAGUUAUUUAUUCAAGCUCAUAAAAUGUCCUUUUCCUCAAGUAAAGAAAGCUCAUAAACUUUAGUAAAACAGAGCUGACUGUCAUAAAAUGACCUAGUGUAUUUUAGCAUAUUUUUUCUUUAACAGCUACAAUUUAUAGAAAACUUAAAAUUUAAGCCAACUCUUUGCAUGUAAAUAAACUUCAGUAGACAAUGCUGAGACAUUCCUAAGAGCUUCCAUGUGGUUGUGGAUAAUCAAGAGCCAUUGACAAAACCGGAUCAAUGAGUUAAUCUGAUCCCAUUUAAUUCAGGUCGUGCUGACGCUUCUUAGUCAUGUGUUGUUCAGUAGCUAAGCUUCAGUGUAAAUCUUUGGAGAAAGCCACCUUGGAGAGAUCAUACUUGAGCUAAAAUGUUGGAGCUACCUUGUAUAAUGCUAUGGACAAAUUAAUACCUGUAGCAGUUUAUAUCCACAUACUCAUGCAAUCAACAGUUUGAAGAAUGGAUGAGCAUAGAAGUUAUUACAUUUGAGUGUGGGCUGGGCAAUGAUUCUGUCAAAAGGUUUUUGCAAGUUAGUAAUUUUUAACAUGAUAGUUGUUUGUGUCAAUCAUGUGUGAUAGGAUCUUGAAGCAUCACUUGCAGCAAGUAUGAGCAGAGAGAAGGAGACUAUGGAACAGACAGCUACUUUAGAGAAAGAAAAGGAAAAUCUGGCCAGGGAGCUUGCGUCAUAUAUCAAUAAAGAGAAAGACAAGGUUUGUUAUGAUCAAAUGUUCCUGGCAAGGGUGGGAUGGGUAGGAGGUAAUUUCUCAGGGGUAGUCUCACAGGUAAUCAUGCCAUCUGAUCAGUGCAUGUGUUGACUUUCUCUGGCCAGAGAGCUUGCUUCAUAUAUCAACAAGGCACAAAGAGAAAGAGAACGGUUGUUAUGAUCAAACUUUCCUGGCAAGGUUGGGAUGGGUAGGUGGUAAUUUCUGAGAGGUAGUACCACAGGUAAUCAUGCCAGCCUCUCAUAAGUUCUCAAUCGAGAGCAGUCUUUUUAAAAGUGAACCAAAAUGAUUACGCCCAGGGACCAAUCAAGUUGCAAGUUUGUCCUUUAAAAUGGCCCAACCAAUCAGAAAAAAUUAACUUUAAUCUCCCGUGAGCGAACACUCAAAAUGCAAAGGCUUGGCGAUCGCUUGCGAGAGUUUCCAGUGAAAGGCUUUGACUGAGAACAUUUUAGGUACAUGUUUUGGAAAGGUGGUCACUUAUGGCCAGUGGCCACUAACAGGAGGUGGUCACACGUGGAGGUUUGACUGCAGGAAGGCAACAGUGUGCACCUGUUUUACGUAGUCAUACACUGCGUAUUCCAACGACCACCACAUAUCAUAUAAUCAAUCACUUGAUGUUUAUUGAAUGAUACUAAAAUUUGUAGCAACUGAAGCAAUUAUAUUAGUCGAUCUGAAACAGAGCAAUACAAUUCAUCGUUACGCAACUUACUUAUAAUCUCUAGAACAAUGAUUUUUUGAAAAUACCUCAAAUAGAAACUCAAAUUUCACAAUCAUGCUUUACUCACUUCUGUGGCGGAUCGUAGCUUAAAACGGGUUAGCCUUAAACUGGUUAGCCUGAAUCUCUUGAACUGGUGAGCAAUACCGGUUAGCAAAAUACUUCUGACUGAAACGCGACAAUGUGUAAAAACAGUAUAAAACCUAGUAAUCUCAAAAUGUUAAUCAAUGUCCUUAAUCUUUAACUAAAUCAAUGUUUGUAAUCACGAGUUUAUUUCCGGUUCUGUUAACGAAACAGCACCUGGUACUUGUUCUAGUGUCCAUUUUCUUCUUGGUUCUCCUUUUACAUCAUUCUGCCAUAAUAUGUUAGACUGAGUGUAAGAAGAACACCUCAUUUUCCAACAUUACAAAGAGUCCACUUUCUUCUAUGAUGAAAAACAACAACAAGCUUGUAUGCACCUUUUUUGUUUUAUUCUUCGAUCAUUUUAUUUUCUUUCAUUGAUUUUUUAAUUGUUGUUGUUGUAUUUUAGUCAAAGAAGACUGAAGAACUUACCCUGCAGCUUCAGUCCGUAGAGAAUGAGAAAACCUCACUUCAUGCGGUUGUAUCAACUCAAGAAAGACAGAUCAGUGAUCUUAACACCAAGGUAAAUAAUUGUUCAUGAACUUCAAGAGGGUGUCAAUGUGAAUUGAAAGUCACCGGGGGGACCAAUAUUUGGGUAAAGGUGAACCACUGAGGGUUGGAAACCCUAAUCCUCUUUAGGAUAAAAAGUUCCUUAAAAAUACAUACCUUGUUUACGUCAACUGCCUCAAUUUUAUUACCCUGUUUAGGGCAAAGGACAAAAUGCUCACAGUCUUGUGUUAAAGCCAUUUAUUGACAAAUGCAAUAGAGCCAAUUCAAGUUAUAGUUAUUGCUUUUGUAUACUUGGAGUAAAUGAAAUCUCAAUCGUGCAGGCAAUAUUCUGUUGACAGGCUUGCACAAAAUUAUAUACCCUGUUAAGGACGGGGAGAUCAAAAACCAUACCCUUUCCAGUGACACAUCCUGUAAUAGGCCAUGAAAGGGAGUCCUGGGUGUAACUUAUGGUUCCUUAGUAACUAGUCAUAUGUAUUUGUCCUUCCUAGCUAGGGAAGUUGGAUGAGAAGUGUGCUGAACUUGAAGACCAACUACAAAGAGAGCAAAGCAGGAGUUUAGGUAGGUAAAAUGCAUCAGAGUUAGUGAGUAACGUUUGAAUUUUGCCUAUGGGAGAGAGUGCCCACAUACCCAUGGUAAACCACUUGAAAGCAUUUUUCUUGGCAUAAUACGUACAAAACGAACCUCAUUGUGAUCGAAAAACAGUCAUAUAUUAUAUAGAUACUGAUGAAAUACCAGGAUUUUUCCUUUUACUAAAAAAUCAUAUUUUCAUCGCACGCAGCGAAGAUACUAUUUUUAUCUUUCACUUGUGAGGAUAUUGGUGUCGCCAUGGUGACUAAUAUGAUUACCCAAUUACAAGAAUAACAAGAGUUGCAAAAAGUUGUGUUUUAUGUAGGAAUUUCAUCAGUAUCUAUAAAAUAAACAGAACAUUACAUGGCCGCUUGGGAUCAUACUAAUUUUAUCUUCGAGUGCUGAAAGUAUCUGUCACUCGUUUGCUUCGCUCCCUCGUGAGAGAUACUUUCAGCACUCGAAGAUAACAUUCGUAUCCCUGCGCGGUGAAUAUCCUCUAUUUCUACACGAUGGUACUGUAUCAUCGACAGUAUAGCCUAAGUAAUGCUCUCAGAUGGUAGGGAAGUUGUAUAAACAAGAUGCGCACAAGAUAGGAACGGGAUGGGUGGUCGGCAGGAGAGCGCCGCCUUCUUGUUCCCCAGCCCCCGGCAUGUUUUUUGCACCAGUUUUCACUACUAUCUUGCAGCCUGGGACAGGAUAGGACACAAAGUCUGGUUUUCCUAUCAAUUUCUUUCCUGAGAGUCUCGGAAUGUUAAAAACUCUUAGUUAGAAAAUAAUGAUGAGCUUCUGAAUGUUCGUGUUCCGAGAACUGGGCCCAGCUGUUAAGUCUUCAAGCAGAGUGAGACAAUUUUCUCCUUGUUUUCUGACGUCAUCUGUCGUGGAGGACUUAUUAUUCUAAGAAGCUGUCCAGUAUAUCAAAGAGCCAGGUUGGGGUGCUUCUUUAAUUUCUUUAAAACAGCAGUCACUUCAUGAACAUGAGGGCUUCUACCAUUUACACGAACCACCCGGGUAGAAAUCUCGUGCAUAAACACACGCCCGUUUACCGUAGGGUCUGUGAGGCGAGAGAAAAAAAAAAGCAUCUCUCCCCAGUCUCGCUCUCUGUUUUCAGCCUCGUUCCAGACCUUUUGUUUGACUGCUCGCGCCUACUUGAAUACGCAAGAAUACGGACUGUUUUGCAGUCUAGACGUGGUGGGCGAACGACCCUUUACAAAGUAUAUCCAAACCAGCUGAACAAACUAAAAAGAGAAGAAAAUUUCGUCACCUCAAAACCCAACCCUCAUUUUCUGAAACUUUCAUUACGGGAUGGCGCAAACCAUUUGAUUUUCCAACUGGAAUUUCCGGUUUUCCCAUGUAACUGGUAAGUACCCCUGGACACUAACCUUGUACUGUUUUCUAUGUUUUUAUUGUGAACAGAGCUGAGUACAAGAUAUGAAUUUACUCAAGAGAGUAGUAGCUCUGCUAAGCAGGAAGUGGAUCAGCUGAGGGAAGAAGUUAAAGUCAUGUCUGCACAGCUUAUGAGACAGCAUAAUGCUUCACUGGAUAGUCAGGUGAGUGUCUUGCAUUCACCAACUUCAUUGAUUUUGUUACAAAUAGUUAUGGUGUGUCCUAGGACUCAUUUUGUGAAAAAUCACAGGUCCCAAUCUAGAACCAGUGAGUCCCAGUUAAAAGAAAAAACAGCGGAUCGGAAAUUAAAAAUGCUUUGGCCUUUAUGUGACCAGACAGUUAAUCUGAAGACAGAUGUAUCCUGAAAUUAUAAUAUAGUCCUUCUAGUUUACAGCACAACAAAGGCGAGAAGAAAUACGCAUCGUUAAACAACAGCCAUAAUGACCGCUACUGAAAUUACACGAACGGGAUAUUUCUACAAAACCACAUUGAUCGAUCGAUCUUUGCGUCCUACGGGACGCAUGGCAUGAACUGUUUUGCGUCUUUGAGGAUUUUUAUGCGUCAGGGACGCAGGACGCAGAGGUAACCAAAUCACUGCAACUUAUUUAAGCUCUGGUCGUGGCACAGAGACACUUAGUUUCCAGAAAAUUAAAGCUUACGCGCUAAUCUUGACCAGACAGCAGUUUUGGAAAAAAGUCAUUUAUCAUGGGCAAACAAGCGCGUAUGGGUGGCCCUAAUGGAGGCUUUAUUCGUCGACAAGGAAAUAACUUGCAACCUAUUUACAACAUUGCUACGAAACAAGUUGAAUAGCGCCGGAUGUUGCGCGUUUGUACCUCCAAGAAUCACUUGUCUUGCAACAAACUAGGUUGCUGCUGGUUGCAAAAGUGACAGAAAGUAGAGAGUAGUUCUACUUUUUGUAACAAAAUCUGUUAAUGUUGCGCGUUUUCCCGGCCCAAGGCAAACUUUGUUCUAGCAUGUGACGUAAUCCCCGUGUAUGGCGUGACUCCUGCGUAAUUUUAUCCCAUCAGAAAUCAGUAUACCGAAAACUGCAGCAACCUGAUUUAAUACAAUACAUUCUUCAACUCCUUUUGCAGCAACUUACAAGACAACUUUCAGGUUUUUGUCGCCCGUGGCGUUUAACCGUAGAGUUAAAGGAUGAUCUGCAAUUCAUUAACUUGGAUAUGCCUAGCUUCGUUUGCGCUUGUGUCAAAAGUUUGCGCAGUGUCACUUAAGUUUACUCCACGUUUACUUACUGCUUGUUUGUUUGGAUGCUCCAAACGGAACGGUGACAACAAUGAGCUAAUUUAUUCCAUUCUAGGCUAAAUAUGAAAGGCUGAUUGUUGACAUGCGUAAUGAGAUAGAAAGAGAAAGAGAGAAAUCGUCUGCUGAGCGCCACUCCCUGGCGAGUCAGAUGGAACAGGCUAUGAGAGAAAGCAAAGAUUUAAGCUCUCUUCUAAGAGAAAGAGAUGAGGUAAUGUUCCCCUUGUUUUAAUGUUUUGCCAACUUGCAUGUAGCAAGCUUCAUACCGGAAAUGUACCCCUUCAGUCAACGAGAGUGAAAGCUACAAGGUGGUAACCUGUACAAGGUGGUAGCCUGCAUCGCAGAAGUAAUUUAACCUCGUUUAGUAACGUCUGCGAGGCAGCGUCGAGAUCCUUGUUCUGGGAACCCAACGGACUCAACAAAAAACCGGAAGUGCGUUUCGUAUUUCCCUUCAACCUGAUCGGCAAAUCGACAAUGGGAUUUUUAACAGACCAAUCAUGUUAAAUCUUGGCAGACAGGUGGGGACCCAGAACAAGGAUUUCGGCGCUGAUUCGCAGACGGACCUAACCAGAGUUUAGUUUCGUCAGUAGAACAGGCUACAAGGAGGGCGAGGGGAGAAAAGAUAUCAAGGACACACAAAGCAUACUAACUAUGGUAACCUUACAGCAGCUGAGAAAAAAAAAAAGACAAAAGCUAACAGGAUCAUUUCAUACUAAGGCAUUUUUGCCUGGAAAUUGAAUCUGCAAAGAAAGUUGGGGGGUUAUAUGAAUGGCUUUAACCCUAUUUUCUAUCCCGUUAACCUGUACUAAGAUGUAGGUCAUUCUUACACAGUCAAAAGAAGCUUGCGUUUUUCCCCGCGGGUUUUUUGUGACCAGCUAAUUCAGGGUUCGUACAGGUCAUGGAAAACCUGGAAAGUCAUGGGAUUUAAAAAAUUCAAUUUCCAGGCCUGAAAUUUACGAAGUUUAAUUGUCGAUCUUUGAAAGUCAUGGGAAAUGAAAGUUUUUUUUGGUAGAUUAAUUACUGCAGAUAACAAAGCAAGGAAAAUGUAACAUAAAGAGGAGUAAUUAGACAGCGCGAAUAGGACACGUUUGGACACCAGAGUUGGUGUCUGUAAAAUACCUUAAAACACGGACGAUUUUGAAAAUCCUCGAAAGUGACAGCUAAACCUAAGGUCAUGGAAAACUUGAAAAGGUCAUGAAAAGUCGUGGAAUUCGAAGAACUUAAAAGAGUAGGAACUCUGGAAAUGAACCUCAGCCUACUGCAUAGGAGGCUAUAAGGAAGGCGGAGUAAAAAUAUUUCUGAGUUUUAAGAGGGAUAGAGCCUUUCCACGGGAAAAUUGUCCUUAACAUGCAUUUUUUCUAAAUAACUUGCAUGCUGUCCUUUUGCAGGAAUUAAUUGCCCUACGCGCAGAGCUCACCAAUGCUAGUCACACUGGAACCAAAGCCUCAACAGCUCUUGAGUUUGAGAGCAAAAUGCGCGGAAGCUUGGAGAACAGGACAGCACAGCUUGAGUCUGAGCUGAGUAGAGCCUGGGAACAAAUAAAGGAUUUGUCUGAGAAAGCAUCCAUGCUGGAGACGACAAAGAGACAUUUGGAAAUUGAACUGGAUAAGGUACAUAAAUCUUAUUGUGCAGAUUUGGCACAAGGUAGGGGCAGAUGGAGGAUUUUGUGAUAGAGGGGGCCUAGAGAUAUAGUACUGCGAACGGCGCACUUUUCUAGGGAGAUUCGGGCGCAUGCACCUCCGGGAAAAUGUUUGAGAUUGAAGUUCUCUGAGAUGCAAUCUAGUGCAUUCUGGACGCUUAAAUUUAGCAAAUGCUUGGAUUCCAUAUUGAACAUGUAAUGCUGAAAUAUUUAAGAACAAAAUUCCAGGACAAUAGGGCCGGGGGGGGCGGGGCUUCCUAGGCCCACCCCUAAAUCGGCCCUUGCAAGGUAGUUUCGGAGAAUGUGUAUGGCAACGGAUUGGGUUCCUGUGAUCUAGCUUGCGAGCAAACGCUUUUCCUGGCGGUUUCCUGGCUAACUCUUCGGUCUUUAUAGUCCGGAAUUAGUGUGGAAUGCGACCAACACAUGUCGCUAAGUCUGAUUUCUUUCUUUGAUAUUUUUUAUUAUUUACAUUAAAGUUGUCGGAUUUUAAGGCCUCAAGCCUUAAAAACCAUUAUUGCUAUGGUCUCUUCGCGUAGGCUUUCCAUCGACGUUAAUUUCCAAAUAGCUGUGUGGCAGAAAACAUUCUUGAGUGAUCUGCGUUUUAAAAGUAUAAAUCUACUUGGUGAUAAAACUAGAGGGAUAUUAGAGAAAUUUAGAGUAACGUUCACGGCAAUUUGUACCACGUGACCAAGUUUACCCUUUACUUAAAAAUAAAAAUAAAAACGCAGAAAUUAAGUAGUUUCACGUAACUUUUAUCCAUAAGAACUAUUUGAGAGUGUUUUUAUCUGCUUAUUUCCUGUUUUGAGAUAUUCUUAACUUGGGUUUGCCGUUUGCCUUAACGUGACUCUAAAUCUCUCUAUCCUUGAUUGUCUACGGUAGAAAAUCCAACAGCUGCGUCAAACAGAGAGUACACUGCACAGACGACAAGCGGAACAUACAGCGGUUAUGGUUGCUAAGGAUACCGCCCAACAACAGGCCGAGGAGGCUGAAGCCAAGGUAUACAUGUCUGAAAUGCUCACCUACCUACCCCUCCCUUAACCCAACAUUUUGCCCUUACUGAGCCGUCAAGGUUAGAGUGGAGUUAGAGGAGGACAGGGCGGUGGGCAGAGUGUAAGAUUCUGUUGGGCUGGGGGAGUACAGGACGGUGGGCAGUUUUUCGAAACACCAAAGACCAUAAAGACAAAAUACAAACUAGAUAUAAAAAGGGGGCUAAACAUUGAUCAGAAUAAGAAUUCUGAUAUUUGAAAUACCUAUGAUAGUCGCAUUUUAUUGGAAUUUUCCUCUCCCUGUCCACCCUUAUAUUCUUAACAAUGAAGUAAGAAGAGUGAAAUUUCGAUUAUCUUCCACCUCACCUCGAAAAUCGUUUAUACUCCAAAAUUUACACUCCAAAAAUGUUGGAGACCAAGGGUCCCCACAAAACGUCUUUAGUGUGAAAAAGUGUGGAAGCUCCCAAAUCGCCUUGGAGUUUAGUCGGUUAGAGCGCUGGAAUAUCUGCCCCAGAGGUUGUGUGUUCAAUACUGGUUUUUCUCACUUUCUUUUAUAAAACUUGCGGUUCAAAAGGAUUUGUAAAGUUUCUCUCCACUUCUCAAUAUUCAAAAUUAAGUUCAUUUUAUAUUUAAAGGUUUGCUUUGUUGAAUUAGUUGGCAGGGUUAAGAAAGGAGUUCGAAGGAGUAAGCGAACAAUUGGAGCUCACACAAAUGGAACUAAAGAAUGCUAAUGAGCAGCUGGCUGAAAUGAAGCUGACAUGUGAAGAAAAUGACACUCUGAGAGUUCACCUACAAGAGGAGGAAGUCAACAAGUGAGUUUAUUGAUUUACAAAGCGGAUUUUACCAGUAUGUCAGUCCGAAGCUCUCUUUUGACCUCAUGAUAGGUUGUUUUGACUUAGAGACUUGCCUAAGUUGACUGCCUAUAAGGGGUCCCUAAGCCAACAUUUUGCGCUAGUUAAUGUUGGCUUAGGGGAGGGGUAGGUGGGCAGUUUCCCAGAAACGUAUCAUGAUCUGUUCUGAAUUUCUUUUAGGCUAAGGUGAUCCCCAGAUUGGGUGGCUGGUCCUUCAGCUCCACCUUUUUUCGUUAUUGAGUUAUAGUCAACAUAAAUCGUUCUUCUGGGACUACCGAUCUUUCAAGCCCCUAAAGUCAUGUUUAGAUCCUUAUUCUUCUUGUUUAGCAGAAACUCUUAGCGGUAAAUUGAGGGCUAGAGGCUUUGCAUGUAGUUUUCAGUUUCACUUUCGCUAAGCAAAGUUUCUUUCUUACAUUGAGACUAGUUAUAGUUGCCACUACGCUCAGUUAACCUCCUUUUAGCAUUGCCUAGUCCCCAAACCCCAUUAUUCCGCGGUCAAUGGGUUUUGGGUCACGUGGUCCGAGCGAAGAAGUGCCGCGGAUACUUCACCGAAAUGGAUUGACCGAGAAGGCCUGGGAAAACGCCGAACAGGGACUAGCCAACUUUUAGCAUUGAUUACACUCCAAAGGUUAUUACUGGUCGCUUACAAAUAUAUUUCUGAAACUAAUCAACAGUUACUUACUAUAAGAUGAUACAGUGAGUGCUUUUUUUUUGUUCAAGCUUAUUCUUGCUUUUUUUUUUUUACAAUAAUGACAAAAGGUGUGUUUAUAAUAUACUGUGCGUUUAUUCACUGCAUGCGGUUAUUAAUUUCGUCAUUUUAUGGGAUUUGUAUAUCUUGUAUGUUCGUGUAUCAUACCAUCUUUAUAACCAAUAAAAAGAAACUAAACGUUAUUUUUCUCGUGAAAAAUAUAUUCUUAUUUACGUUAUAAGCUUAAAUAAAUGAAAAUGACGUUAAACCUGAAAAGGAAGUUAAAUAUAUAAAGACGUUAAGGACUUAAUUUUCUCUGCUAUAAAAACUAUUUAUAAAUCUUUCAGCACCUAAGUUUUUUGUUUUAAGCUUGAUUGAAUGGAAAUAACGGUAAACCUGAAAAGGACAUUAAAUUAAUAACGAAGUUAAGGACUUUUUUUUCUCCACCAUUUUCCUAUUAACCGUUCCACACCUAACUUAUUUAAUGCUUCUUGAAUAAAUUUAAAUGACAUUGAACCUGUUAAAUCGCUCUAAUAAACUACCUUUCAAUUGGUAAACUAAAUUUUUGUUGCAACCUCUGAUGUCUUAAUCAUAAAAUAAAAAUUAAACUGUGUUACUAAUCUAAUAUUAAAACAUCAACUCAUCAAUGAUAAACCAACUAAUACUUGAAAAGAGCCAGGACUGCAAACAAUUUUGUUACUAACAAAUGUGCCUAAACCUUAUCAGACUUGCUUGUGAUGUUAUUGAAAUCGAGGAGAUACUGAGGUAAAUAUAACUAAGUUUUAAUUUCUAAUACUUAAUAAACUGACGCAUGAUACUGAUUUUCCAUUUCUUAUAACUAGUUUCUAAAGUUUUUUACUUUUAACAAAAUAGUUUUGCCCUUUUAACUAUGUGAAGAAUGAAACCACAGCAGAGGUUGAAUUUUGCCGGUUCAUAAAUGAAAAUCUAAAAGACAAUCUAAACGGUAAACUGAUGAAAGACUCCCUUUUUUGUCAAUAUAAAAUUUAAAAGAAAAAAUAUCUUAAAAAGAUUGAAUGGCUGUUUGCGCUUUUGAAUGAAGCGAAGGCAAAUCAAGCAAUGUCGCUGAAUAUUGUUAAGCUCAUUGUUUAGCACUUUUCAGGCCGCACACGGCAGGGCAGGAUGUAACUAAUUUGAAGUGCGCAAAAGGACACUUAGUUCUAAAUGAGUUCAUCGUGAUUUUUGCGUCUUUGUUGCAAUCGUUUCCGUUGAGCAUCGUUUUUCAUUUGCCUCACCCUGCAGAAUAUAGGCGUAACUCUUUCCCGUCUAUCAAAUGAGCGAAGGCAAGCACGGAGCGGGCGUGGAGCGUGAGACACGCGCGACGGGGACCUUCCCCCGUCAUGCGUCUCGCCUUCUACGCACGCCUCUCGCUUGGCUUAGCUCGCUUGAUAAACGCAAAAAAGAAACUUCUGUUCCGCAGGCUAUUUUAGCCUUUUCUCUAAAGAGAGUUAGCCUUCAUCAAAGCUUCACGAAUACAAAUAACGUCAGAUUCAAGAUGAAAAUUUCUCAAAAUAGAAAACGAGCAGAUAAAAACGGUUCAAAACAAUUAUUAUAGAUAAAAAAUUGCUUGAAACUGCUAAUUUAUGCGAAGAAACAAUGGACAGCAAGCGACAAGUUAAAGGGAAACUUGGUCACGUGGUACAAAUUCGCGUUUGCCGUUUGACGUAAGCGUGAAGCUUAAACUCUCUUUAACUCUGUUAACUCUUAAUCCGUGCGGUUGUUCGCAGGGGUAUUCAACAUCAAACAGUGCAAGAACUGGAGAGGCAGGUGGGACUACUUCGUGAGCGAGAUGGCCAGCUACAGUACACAGUUAAGGAACAAGAAGCUAAGAUAGAAGCCUUGAAACUCAAGCUAAAAAACACUGGAGAUAAGGUGACACUUAACGUCAACUUACAGCUAUUCCUCACCAUUCACCAUUUUCUAUAAUGCACCUUGUUUACCCCCAAUUAUACUACUACAUGAGAAAUUUUUGCAAUUUGAUUAUCUUAGAGCAGUGGUAUUUCAGCUUAAUUUGAAAUACCUACAUGUGAAAAUUACAAACCUUUUGCGGGUAGCAUAAACAAAUAAUAGCAUGACUUGUACGUAAUAUUUGGCCUAAAUACCACUCGUGAUAUUUCAAAAUUGUCUCAAAUUUCACUCGCCUAAACGGCUCGUGAAAUUACGUACAACAAUUUCGAAAUAUCACUCGUGGUAUUUAUGCCAAAUAUCACUACAAAUCAUGCUAUUGCCGAUACAAAUUUUGCAUAACUAUUGUCUUCGAUUUCUUUCCGGGCGACCGUAAUACCCAGAAGAAAUUUAAAACAAUGGUUAUGCAAAAUUUGGGGGGUAAACAAGGUGCAUUAUGGUCUAUGCGAAAAUGGUGUAUUGCCCUUAAUGACUUUACAGGCGAAGGGUGCAACCAUUUGAUAACGAAAAACAACGCUUGGCAAAAGUGUUGACCAAUCAGAGCGCCCCAUUCACACAAGCGCGAUCUCAAAACAAAAACAAACGACCGCGUUGCCUCAAGGUUGGCAAUGGCCUUUUCAGUACAGUGGACAAAUUUACUCAAGGGAGUGGUCUCUAGUUCUUUUCUAAAGUACACAUAAUCUUGUUUGCAUGCACUAUUUAUUUACACCACGACAAAGGAGAUAUUCAAUUAAGAAUUCUUCCAUGAGCCCGUCUUGGAUACGAGGAGGUAAAUAGUCAAUGAGGUGCGGAGUAUAGAACUGGCUGUAACCAGGUAAUUUCGUAUCCAACGAUCAUGCACUCUUCGCUUUCGACAUUUUUUUCCUGUCAGUUUUAGGGCAUUAAAUAAUUUGGGGCCUUGAAAUCAAAGUGAAGAUUUCUUUCAUAUUGCUCUACAGUAGGGCAAAUGGAAAGGAAUUUCUUAUUUCUUGUGUAAUACGAGUGUACGUCACAGUUAAGUAAAAACAUAUCAUUUAAACUUCCCGAAGAAAGCCAUUAUUGUACCCCUGGUAUACAGUUCAAGCAAUUCAGUGCAUUUUAACAUUGUGAUGGUAACAGGGUCAUAAAUAUUGUACUUUUGUAACAGCAUAAACGAAAGGAGGACGAUGCAAAGUCUCUGACAGAGCGAGUCAAUGAACUGCAACAGGAAGUAGAGUACUUACAGGGAGAACUAGUUAAUGCCGCGGAGAGAAUUGAUCAACUACAGAGAAAAAAUGAUGAAAGGAAAACCAAGGCUCACGUUACCAUCAGAACUCUCAAGUAAGUCAGAAUAUAAAUGAAUUUCGACCCAGCUCCCAAUAGAACCUUUAGUAGGUCAGUAGUUAAAUCGUCCGAUUUGGAAUUCAAAAGGUCGUAAUUUGGAAUCUAAUCUGGAGCUCGGAAAUUUUUCUGACCUUUCCAAUGUUAGAUUUCUCUUUUCAGCUUAUGAGCGUGCCACAACCCUUCUUUCUAUUGCCUGGCUGCACACAGCCUUGACUGUUCUGAAACAAAUGAAAACUGAGCAACAUACGACCCAAAACAAGAGAUCAUAAUCCUAUUAUGAUGCUGCCACUUAAAAGCUGUUGCGGCACAGCUUUGUGGAAAAUAAGAAUUAACUUUUGAGUCUGAGGACAAAAUCCUAUGAUGUGGCUAUUCAAAGUGACCUUUCAGUACAUUAUUUCAUGUCAUUUUAGUUCAUUCUAUUCUUUCUAGAUCUAUUCUUCUACUCUUUCUUUGUACGGAUCGUCAAUGCGUGGAAUAAUUUGCCUAAAGAUGUUGCACACGCAGGAUCGCUGACCUUAUUUCGCAACAGAUUAAGGAUUUAUAUGAAUAUUAAUUGAUACGAUUGUAAAUAGUUUUAAUCAUGAUGUGCAAAUGAUGUUUUUUAUUCUAGUUUUUAGUUUUUAGAUUUUUCUCUCUGUAUAUAAUGUUUUAGAUCCUAGAUUUUACCUUUUCAUCUUAUAUUUUGGGGAAUCUUUUAUAUAGGGUUGACCUCUAGAUAUCUCCUUUCCAGAGAUAUUUUGUAACUUAGUUUUUAUCUCUUGAAUAAAGGAUUGUAAAGUAUUGUAUUGUAAGUAUUGUAUUCAUUAUAGAAGAAAAACGCAACUGAAAAUGCAACACCUGGGAAAUCGUUUUUGUAGAGGGAUGUGACAAUGUCUUUAAUCAGUUCUUAUAUGUUCGUUUAUCAAUUUCAGAGACAGAUUUGCACGUGAAAAGAGAAACCUGGAGUCGACAGUACUGUCCCUUCAGAGCAGCCUGGAAUUGACCCAAGAGAGAGUGAACAAAGAAGAGGAAUACAAGGGUACAACUCAAGCUGCGCAAAAACAACUCAUGGGAGAAAAACGAGAACUGCUUGCCAAGUGAGUUGAGUUGCUCAAAGGUCUAAGCAUUUUCAGCUAAUGUACACGCUAAUUUGGUCCUGUUCGGUCUAAAGGUGGAUAACGCUGUUCAUCCGUCAUUGAAAUUGACUCAACUGAUUAUCCUUAUUAUAUUCAUCAGCUGGAUAGUUCUAUCUUACUUUUAAACAGCCUGUACGUGGCUUGAAAUAGGGACCUUACGACCGACCCACGAUGGCAACGGGAGAAGAUUUAAUAAGCAAAACAACAGUUCUGCACGCACGCUUUUUUGUCAAGUUUUUUUUUGCCGUCCCUGCACGACUACGACGCGAAAUGGCCGAUUUUACUUUUACUUGAGGAAGGAACAGCAAGGCGAUAAAGUUUACCUUCUUUGUCUGAGCUCUGACGUGGUUCCCGAUCCUCAGCUCCAACCUAAUUUCCCUUCUUAAGGAGCUGGUUGACUUGCAAGAAUCGCGAAAAAGUUGCAAAGGAUGAAAAGGCUAUAUUUCAGUAGCGAUGUUUCCAUUCACGUCGCCGUUGUCGGAUCCCGAGGCCUCUAUUAAGGGCCUGUUUACGCGGAGGUGGGUGACCCCGGAUAGGUGAGGUAACAUGUCUCGGGUCACCCCACUUAUCAUGUAAACGUGAUCAAAUUAAAAUGAGAGAGUAUAUGGACGGGUGGGUUGCCCCAUCUAAGCGGGUUACCUCACCUACCUGGGGUCCCCCACCUCCAUGUAAACAGGCCCUAAGACUACGGACGGGUGUGUCAGGUUCUUUCAAUAAACAGAUUGGAGUAUCGAGCGGGUACUUUAGAUGCCCACCAUAAAAAUUCGUCUCUGAUUGGUUAAUUGUUUAAUGUAAACAGAUUAACAGACAGUGAAGAGGUCAUCCGGGAACAUCUGAGAAGUUUACGUCAGAGAGAGGCUGCCCUAAAUGCAAUGGAGAAAGAGAAUACAGAACUUCACGACAAAGUUAACUUGCUUGUACAAGAAAAGGCUACCAUUACAAGAGAGCUUGAAAAGGUUAAGGUCAGUACACUCAUCACGUGUUUUUUUACCAAUCAGGUCAACUAUUUUUUGUUGAAUACUAUCAACCGCAGAUACACCCGAAAGGGAAACCCUUUUUCAGGCUUCAGGUAUAUCAAAAGUUCUAGUAUUUGUAUACCGAGGGGUAGGAAAAUCUAUCAUUUGAAUAAUUAAAAGGGUCUUUAUUUGAAAUGAUUCGAAAAGACGCGCCUUAUGGCUAUGCCAUUUUAAAUUUAUUAAACGUUUCACGAAUAUGACAAGACGACUUCUCCUUUUAGUUGUUAAUUCUUAUUAAGUAGGUAUGAAAAAGGGGCACCAUUAUUCAAUGGAAGGUAUACGAAAGGGGUUCCUUUUUUGUCAAAGAUGGUAUAUAAAAGGGUAAGGGAAAGAGACCUUCGCACAGUUUAUCGUAAAAUUACUUAAUGUCAAUAACAGUCCUAUUCAUUCAAGCUAUAUUUACACGACUUCUGCUUUUAAUCCGCCCACCGUGUUUUAUCGUCAUGCGUUUUUCAUUCUAGGCUCUUCUUUCAAGCCCCUACACGAGCCCUAAAGCAUCAGGACCCAUCGACUCUCAAGUUCUAAAGAACGCUCUUGCGCGAUUAAAUCAGAUGGAUUCACUGGAGAGGUCCUUCUCAUCACCCUCUCCUGACCUGUAUUCUCCAGAAUACAGGUCCCCUGAAAGGACUCUGGCCAGUAAUGCACUGAAUGGUUCACUAAAUGGAACAUAUCGGCCUGGGCUUAUGAGCAGUACGGUACACUAAUGCGUCCUUAUCACUAAAGUACAAUACAAUUACAGUAAUACAGUGAAACCAGCAUUGAGAGAACGCCCACGUAACCUGAAACCAGUAUCAGAGACCUUUAGAUUCGAGGAAGGCGACGACUCGCGAGGAUGAGAUUCAAAAAAGUUUUUUCCUUUAUUCUCAAAAACUAGGCACCCUGGAAAGUUUCAGAAACGUUAACACGGUUACUUUUAUUCAAGAAGGUUAAGCCCUCUCACGAUCGCAAAGUGAUGAGAGAGAUUAAGAUUCACGUUUACGCCAAACGGCAGACGUGAAUUUGUACCACGUGAUCAAGUUUCUCCCUUAUUUUCCGUUUACUCUUCAUUGCUUCUAUACAAAAAUAAGUAGUUUUAUGCCAGUUUUAACCAGAGGAAUCGUUCGGGGGCUGUUUUUAUCUGCUUAUUUUCUAUUCUGAGAAAUUGUCAACUUGAGUCUGACGUUUGCCGUUUGCGGUAAACGUGAAUCUUAAUCUCUCUAAUAUCUCCAACAUUUGAUAACUUGAUUCCUCCACUACGACAUUCGAAACCCGUAUUGGAAUGACCACGGCUAUCACUUUUUCCCGCCAAAAUGAAAAUCUCGUCCUCGUCGUUCUCGUCUUUGAAUCUAAAGGUCUCUAUUGAUGAGACCGUCGCCAGUCAGCGUCCGCUUGACAGAGGACGCUGCUCAACGUAGAUUUAUUUAGUAGUAACUAUGGAAAGAAACUGUUUGGACUUAAAAACACUCUGUUCCAUUGACUAAGAAACAGGAUGUCCGCCUGUUCCCGUUGUUCGUCGUGUAACGCUUCUUCGUGAAGACACAAAGAAACACGUAAAAACGGCUGAGUAGGAGACUAUUAAUAUCAGUUCUCUUGAUACAGGUUUCACUGAGGUAUUUAUCGAUGAAUCCUUAUUUAACUGCAAAAAACUAUAAAACUUAGCGGGUCGUUCAAUAUAAAACGGCCUGCAAAUUGACCAGUCGCAGCGCGCGAACCUUUUACAAAUGAAAUGGUAGUUUUGUCAACUACCCAGAGUACAUAAUGACCGUCGACAACGUUUCUAACGGAUGACAUAGCUAUUUUUAGUGACAAUGAAAACAGUUACAAAUCAUUCCUUGUAUAAUAUUUCACUUGAUGACCUAAAAACUAUCAGAGAAAUCAAUACGCCAUUUAUACUUUCAGAAGACCAAUUUAAUAUAUGAUGUACAGUCUAAAGCUAUUUUUAGGUGAAUUAAAAGAAUAAACUUAUUUGAACAAUGUACUUUUUAGAAUAACAUUUGAACAGGUUUUUGGUGUGUGAAUUUUUAAGGUAGGAGUCUAUUUGUGUGUAUAUUUGCUCUCUUUUGUUGCUGACUCAUUCAAACGUAUCCUUUUCGGCCUGAGAAAUUUUGCACAGUUGAUGAGUUUAGAGAUAUUUUCUUGUUUGCGGUUGGUGUAAGGCAAGUCUGUUGAAAGGAAAGCAUGAAAAAUUGCUGAAUAAAUUGCUUAAAUUGGUAAAAAAUACUUUUUAAAGUGAAUUGCAAACCUUUACGCGCUUUUUGCGCAGUUUUUUGAAGUUUAAAAAAAUCUUUUGAGCGCUAAACCUGGGAGCUGUUUAGUGCGCUUUUGUAUUCUUUUUUUUGUAUUUAGGACGGUGUUUUUAUAGUGAAUUUCAUCAUCACUUAGCAAUCAAUCAAACGGACUUUUUCAGUUUUAUUUCAUUGCUCGAGUCUUUUUAUCGUUUGACUUUUAUUGAUUCAGAAAUGUCACGGAGGUUCUUUUGGAAUGGAUAAUCAAAAAUGCAAUGCUUUGCCAGAAUGUUUCUCCCAAUUUAUUAAAUUUACUUCUGUAAUGGUUUCGUUUUAAUUUAACAGAAACCUAGCCGAAGAAUUUUCUUUAAAAGCGCUUAAUGUACUCCUCUAGAUUCCAGUCAUAAACUGAACGAGAGUCCACUGGAGUUACCUGAAGUCAGUCGUGAAAUACCUCACCCUUUAAACCACGACCCAAGAUAAGCAUGAUAAGCACCCUACAGGCAUGAUGGAUAUUUUUUUCACGUCUCCCACGAAUAGAAUUAAAGAAAUCCAGUGGAAUCUAUUUCUGUUUCCAGUAGAAUCUAGUUGUGUGUAUUGGACAACCGUCAUUAUCUUUAAUACCCGAAGUGAUGUAAGUUUAUGAGGGUUUUAACAAGACGUGGCAAAGCGUUUUUAACUUUGUUUAACAAGAGUGGCGAGCAGUUUGUACAUGCAAGACCAAACGUAACAAUUAUUAAUAUAUAUUUCUAAUGAAAGGUUGUAUCUAUUUAUUAAUGAA